AUGAAAACUAUGGGUGAGAUGAUCUGCGAGCCGCAGGCGACAACCAUUCCCAUAUCACUUUAUCAGUUGAUACCCAGUUUCGCAGCGACGACUAUCCGAGAAGGUUGGAUUUGUUUCAAAAAUUUAGUGAGGAGAAAAAUUGAAAUAAAUUGAUUUUUCAGAGCCCAAAAAAAGGUACUGACAGUAGAUAUUACUUAAUCCUCGAUCACGAUUAAAAGGCCUUUUUCAUUAAAAAUUAUAAAACUGAAUAUUUUUAAUCGAAAAGUUCUGUUGACUUCAAAAUCAAGCUGUUCGAACGAUUUUUAAAUCCUAGAGACAACCAUCACAAAAUUCGCUUCUUUCUCGAAUAAUAGCCGAUCCAAGGAGACCCUAAAAAAAUGAAAAAAUAUCGAUUUUCAGAGCCCAAGAAGGUAUAUUACUGUCAGAGAUGCCUCAAUCACAACAGGGCGGAGCCGAGGAAAAAUCACAAGGUAUUUAAAAACAUUCCUGUUUCAAAGAAUGGUUUUUGAGAGAAAAACUCUGGAAAAAAACAAAGAAAAAAACCAGAUUUCAUGAAGAAACUUGAAAAAAAUGUAUAGACUGCGAUAACUUGAGAGUUGCAGAGAAACAAAGAAAUUAAAAAAAAAUACGAAUUUUCAGAUUUUUUUCUCGAAAAUUAAAGUAUUUUUGAGAGAGAAACCUUUCUAAAGUCGAAAAAAAGCAAGAUUUCGAGAACUUGAAUGAUUUAGAGAUAAAGAGUGUGAUGAAUUGAGAGACGCAGAGAAAAAAAUAGAAAGAUUUGAAAAAUAAACCAAAAAAAGUGAAAAAAACGUCAAUUUUUUUGCAAGAUUCAUGAUUUUUUUAAGAAGAAAAACCCUUGUGUAAAAAAACCAAAAAAAAGCAAGAUUCCAAGAAUUUGAAUGAUUUAGGGAGAAAGUGUGUGCUAAAUUGAGAGACGCAGAGAAGCAGAAAUUUUUUUGAAGUUUUAUAUGAAAAAAAGCAUAAACACAACUUUUUUUCAAUAAAAAAAGGUAACUUCAUUUUUCAUGAAAACUAAAAAAAUUGAUAUUCGAAAAUUCCUAUUGAUGGUUCCACAAUUAUAACUUGAAGAUUAAGAGGAAAAAAAUGAUUUUUUUGAUUUUUGGCUAGACCUUCUAGGUCAACUUACUGUUUUAUCUAGAUUGUAAAAAAAUUUUGAGCGGAAAAAAACCGUUGUAAAACGCCUUCGAAACUUUAUAAAAGCUGAUAAAUCGAUAAAAUUUGCAGUGCGAUUGCCCUUUCGCCAAGUGUUCCUGUUUCAAAUGUAGUUUGGUCGAGAAACGACGUCGUCUGAAUCUUCAGCUUCACGAGUUGGAAGGCGACGUCGAGAAAAAGGAUGUGAAUGAUGAUGAUGAGGAUCGUUCGAGGAAUAAAGGAGGUUAUCAAUGA